GUCAAUUGCGCAUGUCUGUGUGUAAUCUAUCAUCACUGGCCAUGGUCAUGGUCAUAUUCACAUAAUACAUCUUGCCUUUUUCUUUCUUUCUUCCUUUGGUUUUUUGUUGGAGUUUUCCUUUCACCUUUUCCCAUUUUUCCUCGCACUGAUCUAAUAAAUGCCAAUCUUUUAUCUGUUUUGUAAUGUUUCAGUUCAUCCUUAACUUUUUUUUGGGGGGUUCUUCUUUUUUUUUUUUUGUAUUUCUUUAUAAUUUAUGGGGAAAAAAAUAAAGAAGUUUUUGCUUCCCCUUUACUUCUGUGAGACUCACUUUCUCUCUCACUCACUCACAUUCUCUCUCUCUCUCUCUGCUGUGGUUUCCUUUCUUUACCUCCAUUGCAACCCAAGCUUCCCUUUUCCAGCUUCUUUUGAGGCCCCUCAUUCCUCUCUACAUUGAUUCAAACUCAACAACCCUUUCAACUACUUGCUUUUAUCACUUCCCUUCUAAAUCCUCCCCACCACCACCAUAUUUAAUCCAAUGUGCUGAAAAAAUAUUUAUGUAUAAAAAGAAAAUUGAAUAAAAGAAGUAUCUUUAUUUUUCUUUCCCACCCUUUCUUCACCCCCACAUUUGCUUUAUUUCUAACAAAGAUUGGGUUUUUGUCUGGUCUUAUUUGAGAAAAAUUCCUUUUUACUGUUUGUUUUGUUAAUUCAACAUUUUUGGCCCACUUGAAGAGAGGCCAUAGUUUUUUUUUUGGUACUUGUAAACUACUCCUCUUCUUUCUUCACGAGUUAAUGGUAACUUUUUGCUAGGCAUUUGUUGUUUUUGGUGGUUUUGUUUUUGGUUUCUGGGGUUCAUUUCAGCUCUGCAUUGGCCUAUCUAUGCUUAUUGGAUCUCUGUUGGUACAAACAAAGGCUCUUUCUUUACUUCUUUGGGUUCUCAAGGAGGAAGACCGAGGGGGCUAACCUUAGAUCAUUCAAAGGGAUGUUAUACCAUCAAAAUUGAAGCUUCGGGUAGAAGAUUUGUUAGUUCAUAUUUGCAAGGUGCUUGUCGAAGAUGUCGUCCGACUCCUUGAACGCUCAAUUAUCAAAAAAGACGUCGUUUUUGGGUCUGAAACUCUGGGUUGUAAUAGGUUUAGGUGUUGGUGCAUUUAUUGUUUUGAUUCUCUGUAUCCUGUCCGUAUGGGUGAUGUGCCGGAGGAAAUCAAGAAGCACCCUUGAUAAGAAGUACUCCCUCUGUCAAAUUCCUAAUGUGUCCAAAGACAUUAAAGUUGACAGAGUGGUGGAUCAAAAUUACCUUGAUCAUCCUGAACCUGUGUACUUGUCGGUACAUGAUAAAUCUAGCGAUAAAAAUUCAGAAAAGAUGUCGGUUCAUUUAGGGAGGAGCAAAUCUAGUGAUGUUGAUAACAUCAGCCAAUGUAGCUCUAUGUAUCAUCACGAGAGAGCCUGUAGUUCACAAUCAGGGGAGGAAGGAAGUUCUGGAAAUGCUCGGAAACAAUCCUCUUAUGGUCUUCCAAUGGCCUCUCCUCUUGUUGGCUUGCCAGAGAUCUCACAUCUUGGAUGGGGUCACUGGUUUACCCUCAGAGACCUUGAGAUAGCAACCAACCGCUUUUCAGCUGAGAAUGUUAUCGGUGAAGGUGGAUAUGGAGUUGUUUAUAGGGGAAAGUUAGUCAAUGGGACAGAGGUAGCUGUAAAAAGGCUUCUCAAUAAUCUUGGCCAAGCUGAAAAAGAAUUUAGAGCUGAAGCAGAAGCCAUAGGCCAUGUUCGACACAAAAAUCUUGUGCGUCUUCUAGGCUAUUGUAUAGAAGGGGUUCACAGGAUGUUAGUGUAUGAGUAUGUUAAUAAUGGCAACUUGGAACAAUGGCUUCAUGGGGCUAUGCGGCAAUAUGGUACGCUGACCUGGGAAGCACGGAUGAAGGUCCUCCUUGGGACUGCAAAAGCGCUGUCGUAUUUACAUGAAGCUAUAGAGCCUAAAGUUGUCCAUCGAGACAUAAAAUCUAGUAACAUUUUGAUCGAUGAUGAAUUUAACGCAAAAGUUUCUGAUUUUGGAUUGGCAAAGCUCUUGGGUUCAGGAGAAAGUCACAUAACAACAAGAGUAAUGGGAACAUUUGGAUAUGUCGCUCCAGAAUAUGCAAACAGUGGCUUGUUAAAUGAAAAAAGUGACAUAUACAGUUUCGGUGUUCUGCUAUUGGAAUCAGUUACCGGCAGAGAUCCAGUUGACUAUGCACGACCUGCUAACGAGGUGAAUCUUGUUGAGUGGCUCAAAAUGAUGGUAGGGAAUAGAAGGGCUGAGGAAGUUGUGGAUCCUAACCUUGACGUGAAGCCUAGUACUCGUGCUUUAAAACGAGCGCUUUUGGUUGCACUCAGGUGUGUUGAUCCGGACUCUGAGAAACGACCCAGGAUGACUCAAGUAGUGCGAAUGCUCGAGGCCGAUGAGUUUCCCUACCGUGAGGACCGGAGGAGCAGGAGAAGCCGGACGUCCAGCAGCAUGGAUAUUGAAUCUAUGAAGGAUAGUAGUGGUUUGGGUGAUGUGGACAGCAAUGUAGGGCAGCAAUCAUCAGAUAAACAGACAUCAGAGGCAAUUGUGAUUAGGACGGACUGACAACAAACACAUGACUUUGAUAAAGAUUCUUCUUCUUCACACCUUCCUGAGUUCAAACCUUUAACCCUUUCUUCAAUACAACCCACAAAUUUCGAAGUACGGUCCAGGUAAGAUUCCUGCAUGGGCAGAGAGAUUAAUUGGAUAAGGAAAAAAAGGCUAACCCUUUUGGCAUUUUAGAAGAAUUGGCCCUCAUAUGCUGGCAUGAAUUUCUGAAAUGAUGAAAGGCAGAAAUCAGAGAGACAGUGACUGUGUGGGAGUGAGUGAAACUGUGAGUGUGAGAGAGAGAGAGACACAAGCGAGAAAGGAUUGUUGUUGCUGUACAGAUAUGUUUGCAGUGGGCCUUUGUUGAUAAAACAACAUGCAUGAUGAUGAUGAAUGGCCAUUCUUUUUCUUUUCACCUUUUGCUGACAAUUUAUAUACUAGUAAAAUCUUAAUUUAUAUGUUCUGAAAUAGCCAUCACAGAGUUCUAAAGAACUGGCUGCUACUACAUUCUUUUCCUUCCCCUGCAUUCCCCUUCCCCCGUCUGCUUAGUGUUUCUCUUGCAUAAAGCGAUUCUUAGAGCAUGUUUGGUCUGUGAAUUUGAUGUUGAUUCUGUUCUCUUAGCUGGUUUUUCAUUGUACAUUUUUUACAUUUGUAAAGUAAAAUAAGUCCCAACCGUAGUGACAGCUAAUGUUUACACGACGGGCUAAUAAUUGGAGGUGUUUAGGGAAUAACAAGUUUAAUGAUUGGAGUUUUGGACUUCUGGUCACAUGUAGUUUGCAGCAUGAAAAGAGGGUCAUCAUGUUUUACUUUGAACUUGGAAAGAGGGCCUUUGGCUAAGGGUCCCCAUUGUUGUCGUAACCUAUGAUUUGUGUGACUAUAUAAACUGAGGAUGCAGGGCUCCUGGUCCUGAUAACUAAGGUCCUACAUUGUACGAGACUGCUGACUUUCUGUCUUUGUUACAGUUUUCUGUAUUUCCUCGUCGUUAGGUUUUGUUUUUCUCCCAUAUCCAAGGUAGGUAGGUACAAAUCCAAAGCCCCAUUGUGAUUUUUUGUUUGUUUGAGUUAAAAGUUAAAACCAUGCACUGGUUCAAUCAUGGAUGAUAAUCUAGGAGUGAAAAUUUAUAUCACUCAGCUUUGUCUCAACAUGAUUUGUCCGAUUUACAAUUUUACUUUUAAUAUAAUUCAUUGAAAUUCAAACUGCACAUUCAUUUGAAUGGAGAGAAUAUCUGUCUUCAUGUGUUGCUAGUUUUUAUCUCAUUAAUGAAACUAAAUUACACGUCACUAGAAAGUUAAAGAAUGUUACUAAUCGAUUUUCUAUUAGGGUUUCAUCCAAAAAGUAAUGGUGUUGAGUAAGGGGUAUUUUGGUCUUUUUAAAUUUCAAAAAAAAAUAUUGAUAAAAAAUAUUAUUUUCAGUUUAAUUUUUUAGGAUUAAUUUCAAUAAAUAUUAUUUUUAAAUUCUAUUCUUUAUUUAUCCACCGCAUCUUUUAAUAAUUCCUCAACCCCAAGUCCCAUCACCUCUCUGCCUCCAUCUCCGAUGAUCACUAUCCCAAAAACAACCCAUCAUCAUCUAAAAGCGGAAAUCAACAUAAUCAAACUCUAAAAUCAUGAUAUAACAUCAAAUUUAAAUCCAUUGAUCUCAGAACAAUGUUCACAAAUCAAGUUCUUCACGCUUUCUUUUCUUAAUUAGCUCAAGUUUCUCAAAUUCUUCACAAGUCAAGUUCGUCACGCUUUCUUUUGUUAAUUAGCUCAAGUUCCUCAAAAUCUUCCCAAAUCAAGUCCCCCUCAAGCCGAUUAAUGAAGUGAAUAAACACCUGAACGAGAGUUAAUCUCAAGCCGAUUAACUUGCUGAAAGAAAGAAAAAUGUCAUUAGAUUCUACGUGUAACAUUUCAAAACAUCAUCAUUUGAUUCCAAAAUAGUCAAAAGUAACAAGCAUCGCAAUGAUUUAUUCCAAUUCCGUAGCAAAAUACUCUCAGUAAACAAGAACGGUAAAUUGCAUCUAGGAAAGCACUUGAUUUUUAAUAAGCUGGAAGCCAAUAUAACUGACAACCAAUUUGGCAUGAACGAAUGAACACAAUAAAUGAGCUUCUAAAAAACAAAAACGAAAAAAAACGAUAUAGCCUGCAAAUCUAAUCAAACUUCAACACAAAAUACACAGAAAUAUUACUUGAGAAAGUAAGAAUAAAGUGAGGCAAUUUCUAUUUACCUAAAACAUCAGGUCAUCAUGAUUCACUGAUUUUUUUGCUUAUGACAUCAUUAAUUUAACUUCCACACCAUUCCCAAACGAAAAAAACAAGUUUGCUUGUUAUGAACACGUAAAUGUACCGAAUAAUUUGAGGGGAAAAGAAAAUCCAACCAGAAGAACUUUAAAGGCUUACUGAUUCAGGAUACUGAUUCUUGAUCUUUCUCUGAAUGGCACUGGAUGACGUAGUAAAUGGAAACAAACAGAGCAGCUCUUCCUUCGGAUCGAGUCUCUUCUUCUUAUCCCGCCUCUUCCUCUUCCUCUUCUUCUUUUUCUCCUCUUCCUCAUCCCCAUCUAGAAGAACAGACCCAUUUUUAUCCGCCUCCGAAUUAGAAGGCAAUACCUCCAGAACGAUCGAGCAGGUCAUCUGGGUCGCUGCCUUGGAUCCAUCAUGAUCCAUCCUAACAGCAAGAUUUGCGGCUCCACCCAAACCCACACCACCGAUCCACCGUCCACCUUCAGAUCUCCCAAACCCACACCUCGAUUCCUCCCCCUUUAGAUCUCGCAAUUUCUCUCCCUUUGAUUUCGCGGUUUGCACAUCUUGCGGGUUUUAGGCCUUGAGAGGCGGUUGACCUGGCUAAUUCUAGAAAAUUGAGUAUUGGUUAAUCCCAUUCGAUACUCAUCUCCGCCACGUAUUGGGCUCUGGUAACUAUUUUCGGCGAUGCAUAGUCUCGAGUCAAGUUCAAAUGCAAGAUUUCUUCCUCGAUUUCGAAAACCCAUUUUCUCUCGAUGAUGAAGAGGUUGGAGAAGAUGAUGAUGAUGGAAGAAGAGGAUAAAGUGAUGAUGGAGUUGGCGGCAUAGGUGGUGACUGGUGUUGGAGGAGGCGGCGAUCCAUAAUCAUGCUUUGGAGGGAGAGACUUAGGUUUAGGAGGGGGUGGCGGCGGAGGAGAUUUAUGUUCGGGAGGUAGCGGAGGGAAAUUAAGAGGCCGGGCAAGAAAGAGUGUAUUUUGGAUGGGCGGAGGGGAGUGUAUUUCGUGGAUAGAAGGAAAAAUGUAAAAGAAAAUAAAAAUUAAAAUAUAAA